CUAUGCAUAUAUAAGCAACAAACGCAAAUCAAAUCAAACCUAAUAAACUUUGUGCCAGCACCAUGAAAUAUUUACUUCUACUUUGCACAGUUGGGCAUCUUGUUUGGACUAAACCAAACAGUGAAUGUUCCAACCCUCUGGUCGAAACUAUCAACUCAAAAAACACCACAUGGAAAGCUGGCGUCAAUUUUCCAGGUGAAACACCUGCAGAAUUUGCGAAAAAGCGAUUAGGACUUUUGGGAAACCAUCAAGAUCCGAAUUUUCAUCCAGAAAAAAAAGUGCAUCCAGUAGGGAGAAAAACUGUAAUUCCUCCAAGUUUCGACGCAAGAGACCAAUGGCUGGAGUGUAGAGACGUCAUUGAUAAUAUUAGAGAUCAAGGAAAUUGUGUUUCAUGUUGGGCUUUUGCUGCUGCUGAAGUCAUGUCAGACAGACUUUGCAUACUGAGCAAAGCCGAACUCAAAUUCGAAUUUUCUCCACAAGAUCUACUAUCGUGUUGUCCUCAUUGUGGUUAUGGUUGUGGUGGUGGAUAUGCCUUUGCUGCCUGGAUUUACUGGCAAGAACGCGGAAUUGUAUCUGGUGGUGAUUAUAAUACUAACACGGGAUGUAAACCUUACGAAGGUUUGGCUUACCUAAACAACACGACCCCAACAUGUAAAACAUAUUGUACAAACACAAACUACACAAUUGCUUAUGACAACGAUCGUCGUAUCGGUGCCAGUUAUUUUUCAAUGAGUGAAAAUAUCCAGCAAAUACAGUACGAAAUUAUGACCAAUGGACCAAUCCAAGCUAGUUACAAGGUUUAUGAAGAUUUUACGACCUACAAAGAAGGUGUUUAUCAAUAUACUUAUGGUGCAGAACUUGGGGGUCACGCUGUGAAGAUCAUAGGCUGGGGAUCAGAAAAUGAUGUACCUUAUUGGUUGGUGGCCAAUUCUUGGGGUUCAGACUGGGCAAACUUGAAAGGAUAUUUUAAAAUUAAAAGAGGUUCAAAUGAAUGCGGUAUUGAAGCAAAUGUAAUUGGUGGCAUUCCUUUGUAUGAUUCUGAUCCAACUACGGAUCCAGUUACUGAUUCUCCAGAUGGUACUGGUUCUGCAAUGAAAGCAAUGUCGUCUGCACUCGUGCUGCUUUUGAAUGGUAACAAAUGGGGUGGAAAAAAUUGGCAGAGGACUACCAACCCAACGGGUGAAAUGCCACUAAACAUGCAUGGCUGGCCCAGAGAUAUGGAGAAGGAGAAUGAGCUUCCCCAUGCGCAGACGAAAUCCUUGGUCUAA